AUGAUGGCAGCCGAAGAAAACUGGCGGGAAAAACUAUCCACUAUUGCAGAGCGAACCAAGUUUAUUUUCAACAGCGAGUUGUUAAGCGAUGUGAAAUUUGUUGUAGCUGUGUCGACCGACGAAAGUGAAAGUAAAAAGGUGAUCCCAGCUCACAAGUUUGUGCUCGCUCUGAGUAGUCCUGUGUUCUUUGCCAUGUUCUAUGGUCAAAUGGCGGAGACCGGAGACGCUGUUAGCCUGCCUGACUGCGAGUACGGGGGUCUAUUGGAGUUGUUUCGCUUUUUGUACAGCGACGAAGUGAAUUUGAGCGGAAGUAACGUGAUGCAAGUGUUGUACCUAGCGAAGAAAUACAUGGUUCCUCCACUCGCUGAGAAAUGUAGAGAAUAUCUGCAAGACAAUUUGACAACAUCGAACGUUGUUAGCAUUCUGCCGCACGCUCAGACAUUUGAAGAUAAAGAUUUGGAAGAACGAUGGUGGGAAAUGAUUGGGAAACAGACAAAAGAAGUUGUGGCAUCAGAUGAAUUUGAUACAGUUGACAGAUCUCUCAUAGAAUCUGUCGUGAAGAAGGAUGAGUUGAAUGUAACGGAAGUGGAACUUUUCAAGGUUGUUGAUCACUGGGCCACCAAAGAAUGUGAAAGGCAAGGGUUGACCUCCGAUGGAGAGACAAAGAGGCGAAUUCUUGGAGAGGAUGUCGUGAAAGAAAUAAGGUUUCCAUUAAUGUCAGACAAAGAGUUUGCUUCUUUUGUCCUUGAUUCAAAUAUUCUUACUCCUCUUGAGGUUGCAGUCAUGGUGAAACACUACACGGGUGUUUUACCUGAGGAGGAAUGUUUACCAUUUUCGCAAGCACUACGAAGGGUAGGUACGAUAUAUGGUCGGUGGUCUUAUAACAGGGGUAAUCCUGAUCGUGUAAACUUCAUUGUAAACAAUCCUAUUAAACUGUCCGGCAUUGAACAUUUUGGCUCUGAAGGUGGUCAGUAUACAGUAUCUACUAGAGUCAACGAUCCAACCUCAAACGUUUCUGUUGUGAAACGAUCAGGAACAUACACUUCAGAAUGGGAUAAUGCUAAAAACUUUUAUGGGUUCGAUGUAUUAUUUGAUCACCCAGUUCGUCUAGAGGCAAACAAACAGUACGAGUUAGUCUCGCUCAUCAAGGGUCCUGUGUCAUGGUACGGAGAAGGAGGACAAACGUCCAUUAAAUCUGGAGGAGUGCGAUUCACUUUUACGAGAGGAAAAUUUGGUAAUGGCACCACCCACCAAAGGGGCCAGUUUCCAGCUUUAAUUUUCAGCUGACAGUUAUUAACAACA